AAUCUCCCAUCCUCCUCUGGGCAGGAGGUCACAGGCAGCUGGUAUUCUUCAGCAUGGCUCUGGUGACAGAGGAACAGAUCCAGAAGGCACUGAACCACCUGCGGACUGCUGGUGCAACUCCCCCCCCCUUCAUUACCUGUACCCAGUGGCUUCCGCGAAGAUGGGUUCCUGGUUUUGGAGGGAUUGUUCAGCCAUGAAGAGUGCAAAGCCAUGAAGGAAGAAAUCUUCCGGAUAUUACAAGACAUGGAUGUGCCUCUUCACUGCCGAACUGAGUUCUCCACACAACAAGAGGAGCAACUGAGAGCCCAGGGAAGUGCUGAUUAUUUCCUUAGCAGUGGAGACAAGAUCCGCUUCUUCUUUGAGAAAGGCGUCUUCAGUGACAAAGGUGACUUUCUGGUUGCAAGAGAAAAGUCUGUGAAUAAAAUAGGACAUGCUUUACACGCUCAUGUUCCGAUAUUUAAAAGGAUUACACACUCGCCCAAAAUACAGGAGGUGAGCGGCCGGCUGGGGCUUGUGAAGCCGGUAAUAGCCCAGAGUAUGUAUAUAUUUAAGCAACCUAACAUUGGAGGAGAAGUGACGCCACACCAAGAUGCCACAUUCCUGCACACACAGCCGCUUGGUAAGAUCACAGGCUUCUGGAUUGCUGUCGAAGAUGCAACUGAACAAAAUGGCUGCCUGUGGUUCAUUCCAGGUUCUCACCGGGCUGGAAUCUCCCGUCGUAUGGUGCGUACACCUCCUGGCACCAUCCCGUGCACAGAGUUUAUAGGAAAAGAGCAGGACUACAACGAUGAUCGAUUUGUGCCCGUCCCAGUGACUAAAGGAAGCCUUGUUCUCAUCCAUGGAGAGGUUGUCCACAAAAGUGAACUAAAUAUAUCGCCAAACUCUCGCCACGCUUUCUCCUUCCAUGUUAUGGAGUCCGAAAACUCCACCUGGAGCCCGGAGAACUGGCUGCAACCAACCACAGAACUACCAUUCCCAUUGCUGUACACAUAAGAUGUACAUUCCAUGCAUCUGGAGUGGUCCUCGUUGGCAUGAUCCUUUUGGGGUGAUGUUUAUACAACCUUGACAAUAAAGAAAUCAUGUUUAUACAAGAACCAAUAAA